UAAAGCAGCCUAUGUUCAAAGGUAGCAAAAUCUAGACAGAAUCCAGGUUUAGACUGAUGGUACUAGACAAGUGGGAGGCAGUAAUCAUCCCCAAUAAGAGACCACCUCUUAUGAUUCAUUAAUGUUGCCAUCUCCAAUACCUCCCCAAUAAAAAUCAUGGAACUGGAAUUUAACUGGACUAAAUACGUAAAUGCCACAAUGGAGUAAAUUAAUAACCAUGAUUUCUGUAACAUGUCACAUGCCCCUACUUCCUCAAAGCCUGUACAUUCUUGCAAGGUACUGCUCAAGACGGUAAUAGAAUACUUUCCGUUUGCUUUGAUAUUCAGCACCAAACUCCAGCAAGUUCAACAUCGCUCAGCACAUAGCAGCCACCUGAUCCAUCCCUUUCCACCAAACUGACUAUUCAGUUCCUCUGCCUCUGGCAUGCAGUGCCUGAAAUGUGCUUUAUUGUUCAUUAAUGAGUGUUAAUGGCUGAGCCAGCAUUUCUACCCUGUGCUCCCCCAAAAAAUGCCCCAGAAAUGUGAUGAGCUGCCUUCCUGAACUGCAAUAGUCUGUGUUGUAGGUCGACCCACAAUACUCUAUGGGAGAGAAUUCCAAGAUGUUAGCUCAUUAACACUGAAGGAAUUGUGUAUUUCCAAAUCAGGAGGACUGUUAUUCCCAAGUAUCUGUUCUUCUCAUUGGUGAAGGUUGUGGGUCUUCUCUGCCUGAUUGUGUCUGGUAGUGAUGGUCAUCACAGUUGAUUUCUGGGUUUCUGUUUCUGUUAUUUAUUUCUGCAGUUUCUAUUUUUGGUUGGUGUAUGAUAAAGGAAGUGAGACUGAGUAAGGCCUCAGCUUUUCAUUCACUGGUUCACACCGUCUGUUGCUGUCGUCAUUUUAAGGAACGUUUUCUGGCAGGGAGACUGAGUUCCUGAGAGUUGAGUUUGGAUUUUGGGAAUGAUGGGGUGUCUGGGUAUCUGUCAGGCUGGUGCCUACCCUCUCCAUGUUCUCUGCUGCCUUGUGCUUACCUAUCUCCUGAACCAACUGGACCGCUAUCUCCUGGCCAUUGUAAUCCAGCCCCUAGCCCAGGACAUUCAGUUUGGAGAAAAGAGUUGUCUCCCUAGGGAGAACGAUGAGCAGAUUGGGGAACAAUGCCAUAAUGCCAGUUCUCAGGACAGCUGCCUGUCUCUCCUGAAUAAAAACAAGACACAAUAUUGUCAGUGGACCUUUGAUGGAUCUGGGUGGGAAUACCAGGUGAUGGCUGGUCCUGUCUUCAUCUUCGUUUUCACCUUCACAGGGAUUUUCAUUGGAUUUGUGGCAGAUUCUGUCAAUCGGAAGAAUUUCCUGUCUGCCAGCCUCUUCCUCUGGAGCCUCAUGACGUUGCUGAUGGGUUUUGCCAAGCAUUAUUGGCACCUGGUGAUUCUGCGCUUUGGCCAAGGGAUCAGUGAGGCUGGGUGCACGCCAUUUGCUGUCAGUCUGAUUAUGGACUAUUUCCCGAAGGAGUCCCGAGGAUCGGCAAUGGGUUUCUAUAACUGGGGAAUCUACGCUGGCUACAGUCUCUCAUAUGCUGUUGGCAACUAUGUCACCGAAGCCAACAUCCUGGGGCAGGGUUGGAGAUGGUCCUUUAUUGUUGGUGCCAUCCCAGGGUUUAUUGUCAGUGUUAUUGUGCUGCUGAGUGUUCGUGAAUUACCGAAGGAGAAGGUAAACACUGAGGCGACACGCAGAGGCACCCUCAAACUGAUCAUUGGACAGAAAAUACUGCUGGGUCUGAGGCCAUUCAUCAGACCCUCCCUCCUGUUACUGUGUAUCGCUGGGUCAGUCAGGAAUGCAGGAGGCUAUGUUUGGGCCUACAACACCCAGCUCUUUUUCAAUCUGUACCACACUGGUGUUGACGUGGGUUGCUGGUUGUCAUGGAUACCGUUGGUUGGAGGUUGCCUUGGGGCCCUCUCCGGAGGGCUCAUCUCAGACCAACUAGUGAAACAAAGUGGAAUCCAUGCCCGGGUGUGGGUGCUGGUUGUCAGUCAGGUUGCUGCUGCUCCUUUUGUAGCUGGAGCUAUCUGGCUCAAUCCUCCAUAUUGCUUCCUGUCAUUGAUCCCAGCCAAUAUCAUGGGUAAGCUUCUAUUACAUUAUCACUCCCUGCAGCUGGGAGUGGGCUUCCCAGAGAAAAACACAUGUAUAGGUAUGGGUAUGAAACUGAUAAAAGCUGAUAUUCAGAGGGAUUUGAAUGGACCUCAGCUACAAAUGGUGCUGAGCGCUGAUGUUUGCAAAAUGUACUGA